AUGGCUUAUUCAUAUUUUAGAUUACUUAUUCGUGUCACAUUUUUUUCUACUGAAGUUCAGUGUGGCCACUGACCACCUGUUUAAUUGUGUUCAACGGUGGCCGCGCACCGUUUCGUUGGUGAAGCAUUGUUCCUUUACAACUGGGAGCAACGCUUGAUUGGUUGGGUGUCCUCCAGCUGAUUACUUUUGCCCAAUCCCAGAGCAAAGCGCUUAGUGGGCGGACAGAAACACAAGUUGUUCCCAUCACGUUGUGCACAUGGAGAAGGAUGUGACUUCGCCACACCCAGCUGAUCCAGCGUUCUAGUUUGAAGGCGCAGCUUGUGUAACAGCUGGAACAGCCAGUGGUACCGGCUGCAACUAAGAAGGCGGCGCAUGCUGGACGGCCUGUUUGAGUUGUGAUAGUGGUCGACUGAACAACUCCGUUCUAUGUCGACUGUCGACACUCAGGCUAGCCGACGGAGGCCGAAUGUGUCCACUUUGAAAAUGGGUUUGUUUCUUUACGUAGCUGGUCCUGUCAAGCCUACCGAGGUCACAAUCAACGAGAAUGUAAUACACUGUGAGGGCCUGAACAACCAGAGCUAUGUGUGUGAAGUGGGCCACUGCUGCGGCAACACGCAGUGCUGCAGCUACUACUACGAACUCUGGUGGUUCUGGUUGGUGUGGGCCAUCAUCUUCAUCCUAAGCUGCUGUUGUGUGUGCCACCACCGCCGCACCAAGCACCGGCUGCAGCAGCAGCAACGCCAGCACGAGAUCAACCUCAUCGCCUACCGGGAGGCCCACAACUACAACUCCAUGCCCUUCUACCUAAGGUUCCUCCCCAGCUACCUGCUCCCAGACUACGAGGAGGUGGUGAACCGGCCGCCCACCCCUCCUCCCCCCUACAGUGCCCUGCACACGACCGCGGCUGCCCUGCCCAGCGGCGCCCACAGCCCGGGGGACCAGCCCAGUAGCCUCCUGCUGCCCCCGUCCCUCCAGACGUCCCCGCACGCCCCCCCGACCCCGGACGCCCUGCUGUCCUCUUCUCGGCCCAGGCCUGGCCCCGAGGAGAUCGACCCCCCGCCGGGCUACCACCUGCACAAGACCCCGGAGGAGGAGCCCGUCGUCAUCGGAGGCCUGGAGAAGCGCGGUAGCACGGGCAGCAGCGGCAGUGCCGGGGACCUGCAGAAGGAGCCUCUGCUGGGGGGGGAGAUGCAGCAGCCUCCUCCUCCUCCUCCUCCCAGCAGCAACGGUAACGGUUUCCCAGACGACUUCUGCGAGGCCUGCAGCCACCGUUGUGACACCGAGGGGCAAGUGGCCGUGGAGAGGAGAGGGGCAGAGAGCAGGGGGGUGUCCCCCUCGUCUCAGCCACACCCGCCCGUGUGCCUCCUCCUCCACACCAUCAACGAGCAGGAGACGCCGCCACACAGCUGA